AUGUAUAAAUUAGCAGUCUGCACAUUGCUUAUCCUUAGCGUAACAGCAAUUGAUGUCACAAACUCAGUUUGGACAAGCCAUGACCAAAAAGCUUUUGCUUAAAUUAAACAAUCUGGUUGGGGUAAUUUCAUUUUGAACUUUGGUGAACUCCAUUUAACUACAGGAGGUAUCCUUGCAGAAUUAAACACUGAAAUUGCUAAACUUGUAAUUACUUUUUUCAUUAAUUCGUUUAGAUUGACGAAUUAGAUGAGGAAUUAGCAGAAGUCCAUCAUCAAUAUGCAAGAAGAACAGACGUUCACAACAGAGAAGUCAAUAGACUUUCAUAAGAAAUCCAAGAUAAAGAAAGAGGUAUAUUAUUAAAUUUAUAGAUUUAUUUUAGAGGUCUUCAAUGCCCACGAUUUUUAUGAUAACGUUUUGAUCCCAUAAAGAGAUAGAUUUGCUGCUCAACUUGAAUAAUUAUAAGAAAACAUUGCUUAAAACAGAAAGACACUUAAUGAGGCAACAGUUCAAAGAGCUAAUGAUCAUGCUGAAUUUGAAGCUAAAGUUGCUGAACAUAACGAAGCCAUCAGUGCUAUUGAUGAAUCAUUAUAAUUACUCAGUUAAUUAGAAUCACCAUCCCUUGUCUAAAUCUAAAAGGUCUAAAAGAAUUUGACCAAAAUUUAAUAAUCACUCAAAAGACAUAGCACAUUCUAAACCUUCAUCAAGACUCUUUUGGAAAUUGCUGUUGAAGCUAACUUUGCUGAUCAAGGUGCUCUUAGAGAAGUAUUGAUAUUUUGUUAACUCUUUCAUAGAUUUUGACUGCCUUCAACAAUUUGAGAGUUUAAUUAGUUGACUCCCUCAACCAACUCACUGCUGAUGAAGCUGAAGCCUAAAAAGACUUUGAAGCAAGAGUUAUUCAAUUAAACUAAGAACAUGCUGAAUUCUAAAGAGCUGUUGUAGUUAAGACAGCUGAAAUUGAAGCCAAUGCAAGUAAAUAUUUAAUAAUAAUAAUUAAUAGACAAGAUUGAAUAAACCCUUGAUUUAAUUGAUGUCUUACAUGCAGAUUUGGAUACCUUGAAUGGAUAAUUAUAAGCAGAAAAUGAUGACUUUGCUUUCGCAACUGACGUUUACAAUGCUACCGUUGCUGAAUACAACAAGGAAUUAAAUGCCGCCCACUAAGCCUUAGAUUUAUUGAACCAACCAAGAUUUACCGAUUACGUUAAAUCUUAACUCAAGGGAGCAUUUUGAUAUUAUUCAUUCAAUAAAAGUAAAUGAAUUCAUUAUUAAAUUACAUUAAAA